AAUGUUUUUUUAUAGUAUCAACUUAAACAACUGACUUUUAAUGUUGAAAAAUUGAAGGUUGUAACACCCUAAUCCACACACUGCUAUUUUAAAUCUCCAAUAUGCUGACUGUGUUGAUGCAUAGUAACAUGCUGGUAAUAUGCGAGUAGUGGAGGUAGACUAUGAAACUGUAAUUUUCUGUCUUGUGUGUCCUGGUUACCUUCACAUCACCAAGGGUUUAAUUACUGCUGAGCACACCAUAGAGAUGCCUCAAGGGGGACUAGACAGAGAUGAGUAAGACGAGUAAAAUCAGUGAGACAGAGCGAAAACAGCAGGUUGCCAGUAAACCAAGCUUCAGUCACGAAGAUACAGGAUAUUAAGAUAGAAACUUGAAAUGCACACAUAGAGGGAGGAAGACUCUCUGCCAGCAUGAGACCUGUACCAACAUGAGAAGAAGUAUGAACUGUGAGAGGGGAAGUACUGGAGUCAGUGGCAGGCAUGAAAGUGUGCUCUGAUCAAAGGACUGUGCAGUGGAUUUUACAAUCUUCUGAUUCAUCUACAAGUUGCGUCUUGCCAUCACUGAGCACCCAAGCCAACUCCGUGCACUCACCUUCCCUCCCACCAUGGAUGUUGUCCCAGCUGACCAGCAGGAUGAUCCAGCUGCUGCAACACCCAGCCUCAGCACCACCACUGGGGAGCCCAUGGAUGUGGAGUGUCCCAUCUGCUACCAGGAGUACAACCAGUACAACAAACGCCCACGGAUGCUGCAGUGUCUCCAUGUUUUUUGCACCGAGUGCCUCCAGAGGAUCCAGCUCUGCCCCUGCAAGCCCCCCAACCUCCGCAGCCCAUCAGCUAUCCCCUGCCCCCUCUGCCGCCAACCUACCCCUCUGGAGACUGGGGAUGCCCUCUCCUUACCCUGCAACUCCCGCAUCCUGGCCAGGCUACCCCAUGUGGCCUUCCGCCUGCCUGUGACCAAGGCAACACGCCUAGCCGCUGUCAACCAGAGAGUGGUGCUCUCUGUGGAGGGUGACAGCAGAGACACCAGCUACGUCAUCCUGCCCACACUCAGCCUGCGAGUGCAGCAGAUGCACCCGAGCAGGUUGUAUGGCACGGCUCCAGGCGUAGUGGGUGAAGAGGAAGUCAUAGAGCAGAGCAAGAAUACCCUGUUAUGUGUGCAACUGCUGGCUGUCACCUUCUGGGUGCUGUUUGUGAUUACCUGUGUGAUUGGAGUGAUGUUUGGGCCACAUUUCUUUAAUAGGAAACUUUGAUAGGAAAAAGGAUUUUAGAGAAUGUAAAACACAAAUUGUGUUUUUUGAAUCUAUAUUUUAAUAUAUUCUUUGACCACUGUGUUUGCUAUUUACCCUGUAGUAAUGGACAAACUAAAAUGUUAAUGUUAUUUAGAGUAUACCACCACUUACACCAAGCCUUACUCAGCAUGUGUUGCUCUUGAUGAUAUAUAGAUGAAGAGUUCCCUCUAGUGGUUCAUUUGGAAAUGUAGAACUGAUAUCACAGUGAAUGAAAAAGUGAUUAAAUACUAAAUGGUCUGUCUUCGCUAAGGAUUUAUAAAGUUUUCUGUCUUCCUGUUGAAUAUUGUUGUUAGCUGAUGGCUGUCCUGAUGCCAAUGCAUACAUUUAUUAAAUAUACCUUGCAUAACAUAUUUACACUAUGUCAGGUGUGUACAUUUAAAAAAUCACCAAAACUUGGCAUGGGCUAAUAAAAGUGUGCACAAUUGUG